UAAUAAUAAUAAUAAUAAUAAUAAUAAUAAUAGUAAUAAUAAUAAUAAUAAUUGGAUAUGGAUGGUUCGAUGGAAAGAAGAACAUUCGACCUGGUCGAUAGUAUAGUUUUCAUUGGGAUGUUAGGUGUAUCUGCAUUAGUUGGAGUUUAUCAAGGUUAUAUGUCACGACAGAAUCCAGAUGCUGUGAGAGAAUAUCUCGUUGGCAGUCAAAACAUGUCUAUUUUUCCAAUAAGCAUGUCACUCAUAGCAAGUUACAUUUCCGGUAUAUCAAUGCUCGGAUUACCAGCAGAGAUGUACAUUUAUGGGACACAAUUGUGGAGUAUAGUAAUUGCAGAUUUCUUCGUUUCCAUUACAAUGGCCAUUGUUUAUUUGCCAGUUUUUUAUGGACUUCAAAUUACCUCUUCCUACGAGUAUCUGGAAUUGAGAUUCAAUCGUUUGGUCAGAUUAAUGGGAUCUUUCAUAUUUAUUAUCAAAAUGUUACUUUACAUACCAUUGGUGAUAUAUGUACCAGCAUUAGCAUUCAAUCAAGUAACCGAUAUUAAUCUUCACACUAUUGCACUAUUGGUCAGCAUUGUCUGCAUUUUUUACACAACUUUGGGUGGUCUGAAGGCUGUUGUCUGGACGGAUACAAUUCAAAUAAUGGUUAUGUUCGGUAGCGUGAUUACUGUUGCUGUAUUGGGUACCAACAAAGUAGGUAGUGUCUAUGAAGUUUGGAGAAGAAACUUUGAAACUGGAAGAAUAGAAUUUUUCAACAUGGACCCGGAUCCAACUGUAAGGCAUACUUUCUGGACCGUAGUUGUUGGUAAUUACCUGAAUUGGCUGGCAACUUGUUCGGUUAAUCAAGCAAUGGUGCAAAGGUGUCUGGCUAUGCCCAAUUUAAAAAAAUCCAAUAUAACGAUCAUGAUAAUGGCUGUUGGUAUAGUUACAAUCGUUUCCUUAUGUUGUUAUACUGGAAUAGUUAUUUUCGCAGCAUUCUACAAAUGUGAUCCAAUAUCAACUAAGGGUGCAUUAAUAGGUGGUAUUAUCAGCUUAAAUCUUGUUGCUUGGAUAUCAUUUGGUACCCAAGCUGCCAUUUCAAAUGGUAAAAUCAUUUUCCCGGAAAAACCAAUUUCCAUUGAUGGAUGUAUCGACACAUUGAAAAUGACAGCAGCUAAUAUGACGUUUAUCGUUGACAAUUCAGUCAGAGAACAACCAUUCUUUUUAUAUCGAAUGUCCUAUUUAUGGUACACAUGGGUGGGAUUUUUAACAUCAAUUUUAAUCGGAGUUAUUGUAUCUUGGAUCACUGGACCGAAUAAAUACAAAAUGGGUGAUAUCAAAUUGUAUACACCUGUAAUACACGGUUUAUUACGUUCUAAAGUUUCUAAAAAAAGGAACAAGAUGGAACUUAAAAGGAGAGGUGCAGAAAGGAAAGACGUACGUCAGUCAACAGGAUGUUAACGAAUAUCUUGUAUUCUAAAUUACAAUAAGUAAAUACUAUAAGUUCAGA